CACCUCUCUUUUAGACUGACGGAUCUAAAAUUUGAAGUGAGGGCUUAUGAUGACCUCGGAAAGAAGGAAGUCGAAGAUAGAAUCACUGAAGCCGCAGAAGCCGACCAUUCAGAUGCAGACUGCUUUUUGCUCGUCUUCCUGAGUCAUGGCGAUGAUGAUCAUGUUUUUGCUAAAGAUGGCAAGAUCAGCAUUCAGGAUAUCACAUCCCUGUUCAAAGGAGACAAGUGCAGGAGCCUCGUAGGAAAGCCAAAGAUCUUUAUAUUUCAGGCAUGCCGAGGAGAUAAGCAUGAUGACCCAGUUACUGCCUGUGAUGCAGUGGAUAGUGUGUUGAAGACAAAUGAGAUGGUGGUGAACGCCAGCGGUGUACACACUCUCCCUGCUGGGGCUGAUUUCAUCAUGUGCUACUCUGUGGCUGAAGGUUACUAUUCCCACCGGGAGACGAUCAAAGGUUCCUGGUAUAUUCAGGAUCUGUGUGAGCUGCUUCAGGAGUAUGGGAACUCCCUUGAAUUCACAGAAUUACUGACGCUGGUCAACAGGAAAGUGUCGAUGAGGAGUGUUGAGAAAAGUAGAGACAGGAAUGCCAUUGGGAAGAAGCAAGUACCUUGCUUUGCUUCAAUGCUCACCAAGAAACUUUACUUCCGACCAAAGAAGUAACCGUUUCCAAGCUCAGUCAUAAAAUGAGCUGGACUUAUAUUACUCCUGAUAUUCACACAUACAUUGAACAAUCAGCUAUUGGCAGUCUUAGUUUCUACAUUGAAAACAAUAGUAACAGAAUAACAGGAGUAACUUGUGUUACAUUUACAUUUUAUAAAAUUAACAAAUUCAUUUCUGCUGGGGUUCAUGCCAGGAAAGUUACAGAGCUUGCUUGUGCAAUAAGUUAGUGUAGAAAUGGUUGUAAAACACAGUAUGACCUGCAGAGGGCAAGAUAGAGCUCAUUUUAGACAAUGUAAAUCUGGAUACUGCAAUAACCCUAAUUGACAGCAAUUCUUUAAUUCUGACUCAUUAAUACAAAAUCAAGCUGGUCCUGUAAUAAGAUUAGUAGAUUUAUAUUGAUCUUUGAAAAAGACCCAAGUUCUAUAUAUUUGAGAAUAAAUAUUUAGAGUCUGACAAAACCUCUUGCCGCCUGGCUCUCAAUGCUGCUGUGAUUGUGGAUGUUGCUUCGAGGUAUUGUAACUUUUACUCUCAACGAAUUAAUAAAGGCACCU